AUGUUUGUCCCCUUGCCGGUGCCGUUCGUGUUUCAGAGAUCUGCCCCUGACCUCAACGCCUGGCGCCUCAAGUCUCCUCUGGCUCUGCGCUCCAACUCCGAUAUCAGGAUGUCAAAGCCAGGAGAGGUGGAGAAAGCUGACUCACCAUUGGAGGGCACAGAUUCUGAGCGGAACGGACCUGAAUCAAAUCACCAGGUACGUUCAAUGAAAGUCAGUCCCUUCCCUCUGUCACCGACCCUGAGCAGCAGCAAGAAUAAGAUGGAGGAGUGUGGUGAGAUGUCCCCGGCCCUUCCUCACUCCCACGGCCCGACCCCCUCCCAGACGGCCCUGCAACACACACAGCUCAUGCUGACCGGCUCACAACUAGCAGGGUUGACAGCUCUGUUGCCAGCGCAGCAGCAGAUGUUGCUGCAGCAGGCUCAGGCUCAGCUCCUGGCUGCAGCUGUGCAACAGUCCAAUGCAGCCCACGCCGCGCACGCUGCCCACGCCGCUGCCCAAGCCAAUCAGCAACAGGCCCAGCAGCAGCAGCAGCAGCAGGCAGGACACACGGGUCAGCAGGCCCAGUCGCAGGGACAGGGCCAGAGCACACAGGAACAGACUGCCCAAAGUGUCGCCCCCCCUCCACCCCAGCUCACCCUGUCCCAGCCAAUCCAGCUCACCGCCCAGGACAUCCAGCAGCUGCUGCAGCUCCAACAGUUGGUGUUGGUUCCCGGCCACUCGCUCCCAUCUCCUGCUCAGUUCCUCCUCCCGCAGGCACAGCAGGGCCAGCAAGGACUCCUAUCGACACCAAAUCUUAUUACGCUACCUCAGCAAAACCAAGGAAGUCUGCUGUCUGCUCAGAAUAGAAUGGGACUCCAAGCACAGCGAGAUAAGAGCAUGGAUGUGAGCGGCGGUGGAGGCGUGACCACGAUGCCCUCGGUGACCCCUCACCCCGAGGAGCCCAGUGACCUGGAGGAGCUGGAACAGUUCGCCCGCACUUUCAAACAGAGACGCAUCAAACUGGGCUUCACACAGGGAGACGUGGGUUUGGCCAUGGGGAAGCUGUACGGCAACGACUUCAGCCAGACGACCAUCUCCCGCUUCGAGGCUCUCAACCUGAGCUUUAAGAACAUGUGCAAGCUGAAGCCGCUGCUGGAGAAGUGGCUCAACGACGCAGAGACCAUGUCCUUAGACAGCACCCUGCCCAGCCCCAGCUCCCUGUCCUCCUCCUCCAUGGGCUUCGAGGGGAUGCCUGGUCGCCGCAGGAAGAAGAGAACCAGCAUCGAGACGAAUGUACGUGUGGGCCUGGAGCGUGCAUUCAUGACGAACCAGAAGCCUACCUCAGAGGAGAUCCUGAUGAUCGCCGAGCAGCUCACCAUGGAGAAGGAGGUGAUCCGAGUCUGGUUCUGCAACCGCCGGCAGAAAGAGAAGCGCAUCAAUCCCUGCAGUGCCACCCCUCCCCUGCCCAGCCAGCCCCCCACUGCCCCACAAGCGCACAAACAACCCUGCUACAGCCCUCACAUGAUGUCCAGCCAGCUGUCGCAGGCCGUGACCAGUCUCAGCAGCACAACAGUGACCACCAUGCCCUCCAUCUGCCCCAUGACCUCCAGCCUCACCUCCACCCACCCCUCCAUCAGCUCCAGCCACCUCGCUCUCAGCUGCUCACCCUCCCCGGUGACUCCUCCUCCCCGCAGCACGGCCAGCCCAGCCACUCCCAGCCACAGCACACUCAGCCUGAACACAGGCUUAUGGCGUAUGGGUAAAAAGAACGGUGACGUGUCUAACUACAUCACCGAUUUUGCUGCAAACUUGAGGAACACUGUGAUGGGAGUUAACACAGGGAUGAACCAAGCCCUCCUCGGUAACAAUCCCCUGGCCACUAUCCAAGCCCUAGCAGCCAGUGGUGGUCAGCUGCCUCUUUCCAGUCUUGAGGCUGCCAGUAAGAUAUUGCUGGGGGCCUCUGGGGGCCAGGGCGGCCUCCCCUCCUCCCUCUUCCUCAACCACCCUGCCUUCCUCCACAUGGGCCAGAACCCCGGCGCUGGACUGAUCAGCGCCGCCGUAGCCAAAGCCUCCCAGGCCUCCCCCUUCCUGUCCGCCAGCAGCAUCAGCCCCACACCCUGCUCCCCAUCCCCUUGCUCCAGCCCCGCCUCUUCCUGCUCCUCCAGCGAAAUGGCACACAGCCCGCCCCCUCUGGGCGGCGCUAAGAUCGAGUGACCACAACAAGGGCCAAUCAGAGAGGAGGAGGACAGAGGACCCGGGAACCUCGCCUUUCACACCAAAGCUAUCUCUUUCUCUCU